UAUAGCGUAAAAUUUCACGUUCUACAAAAUGGCUAUCUCAGAAUUGAAAUAAAAUUGGGGGAUAACCUUCAAUUGUGAGGUCAAAGGUCACGAGGUCAGCAGAAGUGACCUUGAACUUUGACAUACGAUUUUGCUUCCAACAGCAAAGUUGUAGAGGGCAAUGAGACAAAUUCAACCAUACCCGGAUUUUUGUUCUACGUCAACGGGAAGCCGAGAUACAGCCUUUUGAAAUUUUCCGAAAUCCAAAUUUGAACGUCCCGUAAAACCCAUAAAUUUUGAGAUAAUGGGGUAAAACUAUAUAUUUUUGAAAACCUCUUGACAUGGUCUUUAUGGGUCUCAAAUAUGGUCACGAUCGUAUGACCCCUGCCAAAACACUGUACAGUUGAAAUAUUUUUGCCGAUUUCCAAUGUUUAGAGGGGUGAACUUUUAAAUGGCAGAUAAAUUUAUUCAAAAUUUGUUUUUCACUGAAAAUGCUGCGCGUCAAAGAUUUUUAUCCAGUUUCCUGUUGCAGUAAACACGUCAAAAAGUCCCUUUCGUGGCUGUCACAGAUUUUUGACGUUUUGUUCGCGUCUGAAAUGAACAUGCCUACUUCCGAUAGAGCAAAAUACUGAUAAACUCCAGCGAAUUUCGCGUUAUUCAGCGUUUCACAACCGGGCUCUGGGCAGCAGAUUUUGGGAAUCAACUGCGUCACCAACCCCCGAAUGAUGUAAUGCGUUAUGCAACCCUCGCAACGGUCGUAAUAUUAAUCUCUGAUAUCAUUGUAGGAUGGAGCUCUGCGGGCAAUAAUCAAAAUGUGAAAACAAUGCAGAAAAUCUCAAAGAAUUCGGUUCCAGUCCAGAUCAACGGCAAGCGCAUCUCUUCUAUUAAACUGACGCGUCAAAAUUCCAUCAGCUACGUGGCUUUUACCCGCUACACUGGGGAAAAACGGAAUCUCAUCAUCCAGUGUUGCGGACACAGGAAAUGUCAGAAUGACAGAGGCGCCAGGAAUUCCACAAAAUGGCCAAAAAGGCGAAAAGGAUUCAAUGAUUACAAUGGGCCAUCUUCAAAACUCGUUAAAAUCGGAAAAACAAAGUACAAAUUUCCGAAAGAAGAGGCAACGUUUACAGAAGCUAAAAAAUAUUGUGAAAAGGAAAAUAUGGAUAUCGCUUCUUUCAGCAGUCCACAAGAAGUUGGGAAAAUCACCGAGUAUCUUCAAUACAUUGGGUUGUCCGAUAUUCCUUUGUUCGCGUCUCUGUCCUCUACGGAUGGGGUGGGUUCUUUCCUGAGCAGCUGGGGUCAAGACGCUCCCCCUGGGGGCGCUGGCGACUGCCUGGUGCAGCAAAAAGGGGCCCUUUACAACGCGUCUUGCCAACAAAAGGCCCACUUCGCGUGCGAAGAGAAGCCGGGUGGAGCCAACGGCCCGGAGCCGCUAACGUCAUUGGAGGACGCUGUUUUGAAUUUCGUCGGUGGUAAAAACAUCGUGGUUCCGAGUGAAAAAGCCUCCGUGCCUCAGGCGGAAAGCAUGUGCGCCAAUCAGGGCCUUGAACUCAUGUCGCUUGACUCGGUGGCCCAAUUGGACUCGGUCCAGGAUUUCCUUGGAGACAUUGGAUUGUCGACAAGCACGGUGCUGACGUCUUUGAAAAAAGUGACCGACGGGGGCUCGAACUGGCUGGGCGAUUUGGCCUCGGCUUUCUUGCCACAAAAGGACCCGGCAAAAGACGGGGACUGCGUGGGGCUCAGUUCUUUGGGCAUCACUGGCAUUUCCUGCGACACGGUGUCGAAUUUCGUUUGCCAGGCUCCGGAUUCUGGCGUAACAAAAGCAGCACCACCUGCGCUUGGUGAUUUGUUCAGUUCUUUCCUGUCAGUUGACAAAACGGAGCCUGUAAACCUUGGUGGCCUUGACUAUAUUUUGCCAUCAAACAAGGCCAAUUAUGAUGAGGCAAAGAAAUUGUGCGAGUCUCGGCAGAUGGACCUGCUCUCGAUUCAAACCAAAACGGAAAGCGAUUUAAUUAGCAGCUUUCUUAACUCCAAAGGUGUUGGAUCGAGUUCGAUUCUGACCAGUUUGCUGCCAUUGGGCGCUGGGUCGUUUUCCUGGGAUGGGAGUGCAAUUGCUGACGGACUUAAUUGGGCGAGCAACCAACCUGCAAGCACCGCAGGAAACUGCACCACUUUUGCCAGUUCCACUCUGAAAACUACGACCUGUGACGCAAAAAGUAAUUUCAUGUGUGAAGCGAAACCUGCAGACGCCACUGAUUCUACAAGUUCCGAUUCGCAAACUGCAUCAGAGGCUGCAAGCGAGCCGCCUACAUACGAAUCACCUGCCAUUGCUACUGAAUUGGCAGAGAUUCUAACCACGACAUCUUCAACCGCUUCAGCAACUCUUCAGAUGACUUAUCCAACAAAUCCUGCUGAGACAACUUCUCAGACAGCUCCUCUCGUCACGGAUUUAGUGACAACUGUCUUGAGUAACAUCCAAGCCGCAACAUCUUCCUACACAAACCCAGAAACUACAAUUGUUGCGAUUACUUCAACUUCUGAUUUGGCGACUCCAACUUUGACCUCCAACGUUGGCACAAAUGCAGCUAUUACUUCCUCAAAUACAGCUACAUCUACUGCAAAUACAAAUACAAUUUAUGGAUCUGCAUCAACGGCUGCAGUCCAGACAACGACAGCAACAACUGCUCUUACAACUUCGACAACAACGUCAAAACCUUUGAUAGCAGCUUUCACGUACACCGUUUCUAAGAAAGUGACUUAUUUGUCAAACGAGACGGCCACAUAUGAUGAGGCAUUGGCCAAAUGUGAAGCGAUGGGCAUGAGGCUUUUGGUAGGAGAAUGCAUGCAAGAGUUUCAAACACUUAUGAGUCAACUGGUCGCUGAUCCAGAUAGGAAAAAUGCGUCUUAUUUCGUCGCUCUAAAGAAGACAAAUGGUAACUGGGCAAAUCCAGGCGGAUUUUUCAACACUACUCCAGCAAACAUUUUGACAAAUUCGGGUGGCGACUGUUUGACGGCGCAGUAUGGGAAAUGGUUGACCACUCCAUGCGACAAAAAGUGCUAUUUCGCGUGCGAAAACAAAUUGAAUUAUACAGAAGUAAUCUAUUCAAAAACUCGUCAGUACUUUGUGUUGAGAAAUCUGGAGGCUUGCGUGUUGGAAGCAAAUUAUUAUUGCAAGAGAUUCAACGGGAGCGCCUCUGUGGUGUCCAUCGACACGCCCUACGAACACCUCGGAGAGUUGAACACUCUUCUCAUCAAUUUGAGCAUGUCAGACACGUCGGUAUUCGUUAACAAAUUUACCCUCGAUUUAUCAACAUGGUUGAAAGCGAACAAGAGCUUGGUUGAAUGGGCAACAGGUCACCCAGACCUUUCAAAAGGUGGCUGCGUUGGAGCUCUGCAGGGAAAACUAAUCAGCGUUGAUUGUGGAAUUCCACUUCCUUUUGUUUGCGAAGUUCCAAUGGCACCUAUACCUACUGUUCAUGUAACGUGUUUAGCUACAAAUAAGGAUUGCCCAAUAUCAGGGUACCCGGUUCCAUUCGAUAAGGGAGAACAGUGGUGCAAGGAUAAUAAAGACACAUUUACGUCAUUUGAUAAUGCCGACUUCAAUGCCAGUUUGAUUUUGUUAAGGAAAAGUGCGACGCAAGCUGCACUGCGAUAUCCUGAUAUUAUUGCGUUUGGAGCAAGAAAAAUUAAUGGAGUUUGGAAAUGGCCAGUAAGUAAAAAACAAGUGGACAUUAAGGUGUUUAACUGGAAAGCCGCACCGACAACCCCAGGCGACUGCGCCGGCUUCGACGUCAAUCGAGAUUACGCCGUCACUUUUAAUUGUUCAGAGCCAAGAAGAAUCUUUUGUGUCUAAUUAAUAGAGGCUUAUUAUGAAAAUAAUUGUGCAAUAAUUGAUAAAAAGUGUGUAAAUCCUUUAAAAUUUUAAAUUACUCUCUCAUGUUCAUUACAAAACAACAAAAGUAUUAUUUAAACACUCAAAAAUGAUUUCUUUGAAAAGAUUCUAUUUAUCAAGCCAUUAUUUUCAUCCCAAAUUCAUCCACUUUCAUUUAGGCCGAUUUUCACUUUCAAGUGUACAUUUGUGUAAACAAAAAAGAAUUCAGAGCACAACAACAGUUAUAAAAAUAUUUGAAACAGCAUUUUUUUAUGCUUCAUUCUAUGCAGUUAAAAAAAGUUAAUAGUUCGCGCCUCUUAUGUAACACCAUUUUUACAGAAAACUCCAGCGACUAAAUAAAAAUCGCACCU